AUGGAUAUGAGUGCUUCAGAUGAACUGAAGGCCGUCGCCAAUAAGGAUCUCUACAAAGUCUCUCCUCAAAAGGGCCGAACUCCGCUCCCGACUCAUGAGCUAGUCACUGAAGGAUUUGGGCACACUUUCUCAGACGAAGUCGCGUCUAUGGACUCCUCAUCUGAAGCUUGCUCGUCUCACGAUAAGGCAAAACAGCUUCAUAUCCAGAUGAAGAAGGAGAAUCUUCGAGCGGAGAGUGCUGCAUAUCUUAGGUUCUACAAGCCGAAUUUUCCAGAUGUCAAACAGUCUACCACAUUACUUCCCCUCGCAACUACCCAUGGACAUCACAACCCGGCAGAUGAUAUUGUGAUGGGUAGCACUAAUGAUUCCAACAUUAGCAACCCCUUUCUUAGCCUCAGUCUUCACCAGGGUAACUUUUAUAUCAUCUCAAAAUUGAGGAACAAUGACUUCGACGUGGCCCCCAAUGAUACAUUGGAAAAUGUUAAAAUUGGAAAGGCAUAUCACCACGAUGAAGCUUGUGACACUAAACUCAUUCUCCGAACCAGAGAGAAGGUCAGUGCCAUGACUGACGACAUGGCACUAGAGCCUCGAGAUGCAGGGAAUGCAGACAACGUUGAAAUAGGGGAAGCCCAGGUCAUUAGUGGCUCACUGGACAGGAACGUGGUGACAAACUACAACGGCGUCAACGAUUCUUUGGACACGAGCAGAAAUUUUGGCGGUAUCAAAGCUCAAGCUGUUCUUGCCGCAUCUGAAAAGACCACUCCUAAUGCCGAAGGAACUCAUGGAGGUUUAGUGCAGAUCUCCACGAUCAGCAAACCCAACGAAAAUGGCUCUUCCAAGUCCACAAUUCCCAUUCAGGGCAUUGCUGCCUUGUCGAAAAAGAACGUGGUCAAUCCAAAGAAGUUGGAUUUCUCUUGUGUGAGCGAAACCGAACGUGUGUCAGUCGAUGUCGCUGACAAGUCGCAAGUCGCCAACCUGGAUGCAAAGGAACAGGUCAAAACAGAUGACAAGAGAAGUCUGCCAACGGAGCUCUGGGCCAAAAUCUACGAGUUCUCCCUCGAUGACCGCAAGAAUUGCGCAGUAUUUGAGUUCACAUACUCCAAUGAAGAAUUGCAGCUUUGCAAUAAGCCUGAGGUUCCCAUCGCUGCUCAUAUCUGCUCAUUGGGCAGGUCAGAGGUCCUGAGGCUGGGCUUCCGGCAGCUUUCGAUUCCCACCUUCUUCAACCCUAAGACCGACAUUCUCUACUUUAAAGAACCCGCUGUUCUGCAGACAGAGAUCACAGAGGCAGGUGCUCUUAAGCCAUUCGGUGCUACACAGAAGGUUGCCUUUGCCAUAAUCGACACUCUGGCGCUGCUCUACACCCACUUCCGUCUUGUCAAACAGAUCAUUAUUACGGUGCCCGCCCGCCCCGUAGCUCUCCUUCAGCCUCAGGUGCGUACUGAAAAUACCGAGAAACUAUUCACCGUUGACGAGUUGCUCACUAAAGAUCAACUGCUUCGAUUCAAUGACGUUAAGGUGCACUGGAGCUAUAUCGCCCGCGAGAUCCACCAGAUCAUGAAGAACGACCUCUUCUGGUCAGAUGUCAACCGAGAAUACAAGAGGAACAACCUCCGGCGUCUCGAAAGGAAUCCCAGUCUUCCUUCAAUAAUUAUUGCUGGAGAUGAAGGGAUUCAUUACAAGACCAAGAAGCGCUUCUCCAAAUACCUCCGGGAAGGCCAACGACACCACCAGUGGCAUUAUCCUGGUGAUACCGUUAUUGAAGAGCUUCGAGAGCCGACUUGGAAGCAUCUUAACAACAGCGAGUGGUCUUUUCAAGAGAACUGGGGUGAUGACCCAGGUGAAGCCCUGGGUGACUAUCUCUAA